AUGAUUACCUUCAACCUGGAAAACGGUAGUGUCGCAACCCUGCGCGCAUCUGGUACUGAACCGAAAAUCAAGUACUAUAUCGAGUUGAAGACAGCUCCUGGCAAGAAAGAAAGCGACCUCGCCGAUGUAUUAGCCGAUCUUGAAGAUCUUGAGACAGCCGUAGUAGAGACGCUAUUACGACCGAAACAAUUCGGUUUGAUUGCUCGUAAAUAA